AUGAACGAUACAGGCUCCAUCGCCAGUGCCGCUGGCGCUGGCUUGCGAUUAGCACUACUCUUGAACGCCGUGGCCUGUCAAGUCGCCAAUCUAGGCGUUGACAUCCACAGCAUCUCCAAAGGAAUCACGCUAUUCUCAACGAGUCUGAAGCAAGCAACGCAAAGCCUCCAGUCUGAGCACUCGGUACACACGCAAGAAUGCCUCGACACCGCGUACCAGAUCAGCGACCAAGCGCGCGCCGUGUUCGAAGAAGUCCAGGAUAUGCUCGACACAGUCCAGAAGCCGGAACCCCAGGACGACUCUCAGCCCACGCCGUCCGUGCAACAGCGGUUCAAGACUUGUUUCAAGAAGCAGCGUGUCACAUACCUUCUAGCCCAGCUCGAGUCGCUCAAAUUUAGUUUGAUGGCGAUGAUCCAGGUUUUGCAGCUUGGUCGGCUGUUGGAAGUUAGGAACGUUCUCAAUACCAUUACUGAAGAGCUAAUAGCGCAAGAGCGAGCCGAUGCGCAGAAUAUGCUAAUCGUGCGGUACUGGUCGACGAAGAAGCUCGACCGACUAUGGGAUCUUGCACGACAAGAAGCAUUAGAGACUGCACCAUCAACCCCAGACUCCGCGACUCCAACCCCGUCCAAACUUCCCGUGAUACCGUUAGGCGUGGAAUCGUCGCUCAACUCGGUCGAGGAAUCGCCAAAGGAUAUGCUUCGGCUGACCGGGGCCGUUCUGGAUGCACUGCUCAAACGAUGGAUCAGGCUCGAGGCCGGUCAGCGCGUGAUGGUGAUCACAUCCAACCAGGCUAUGCGCGGAGCCUCGCCUCACGCUUAUGUAUCAUCAGGCAGCGAAGACGACUUGUCCGACGACGCCUCCUCCGACCAUUCAUACAUGCAAGGAUACUACCUCGAGGGCGUCACCACAGACUGGCGGAAACCCCAUUCGCAGGAUGCUCGCAGCCACGCGGCGCGUCUACGCAAACUGUAUUCCAACAAGCAAGCGGACGUCCAGAGCGACAGCGACUCUGAAGCAGACUCCGAAACUUCAAUCGCAUCGUCGAGGCGCAAGGCAAAGAAAGCCGCGCUGCGAAAAAACAAAACCUUCCCAGCUAGCAACGAGGACCUAGAUAUUGUCCCAAGGCAAUUUUCCGAUCGAAAUGAGCCUGAACACAGAGACCAGCCAACAUCCCGUCCCUACUCCUAUUCUGCUGCAAACAAAAUCCCAGGGUGUGAAGCCGAAAACAGUUGGCGACAUCAAGAUACCAUCCCUCCUAAACCUCAACCCGCCGCUCCUCAGGCGCCCCCCCUUCAAGCAUCGCAGACACGACCGAUCCCAAUGCCACAGCCAAACGCAAACGGACGGCCCGACCGACUAGCCACCUCUCAGCCCUCACCAAGCUGGGCCACAGCACAAAGCCCAUCUAAUAAUCGAAGCGGCAUGCACCAGCACUCAUCCUACUAUCCUCCACCCUCCAACACAUUCUACUCUGCGCCGGGCCGACCUCAACCAAACUUUUACCCCCAGCAACAGCAACAGCAACAGCAACCUCGAUACAACCCCCCUCCCUCUCGCGCCUUCGGUCGGACUGUAUCCGACAACGUCCAGCAGCAGCAACAACAACAACAACAGCAAGCACAGAAACCACAACAAUACCUAUCCCCCAUCGUCCCGCAGCAGCAGCAGCAUCGCUAUCGCUCAUCGCGGAGCCGAAAAGGGAACCAUAGUCCGCAAGGGUACGACCGACACAAGGACUUGAAACGGACUGCGAUGAGAGGGAUUCUGGGAGUGAGCGCUAUAGGCGGGUUUAUGGAUGCUCUUGAAGCGUUUAGUAUUAUUUAA